AUGAGUUCUUGCAUAGUAAACGUUGGAGGUGUUGAGGUUCAUACCACAGUGAUCAAGUCUGCUUCGAUGCUUGACACUUAUGUUCACGAGUUGAGGGCACUUUGUGCCGGGCACACAAAACCUAUCUGUGGACUCGAUGUGGAGUGGAACCCCACCUCAACCCAAAAUGUUUCAAUACUGCAGCUUUGCAUAGGCACUCGAUGCCUCAUCAUCCAGCUUUGUUACCUUAAUGUGGUCCCUGAGUCUCUGAAGAACUUAUUAGCUGCUUCUGAUGUCUCCUUUGUGGGUGUUGGAAUCACUCAAGAAAUUGCUAAGCUCAGCAAGGGUUAUGGGCUUGUAUGUAGUAAUGCUAUUGAGUUGGGCCCACUUGCUGCAAGGGUUCAUGGGAAUCCCAAGUAUAAAGAAUAUGGGUUAGCUAAUUUGGCCCGUGGAAUUGUUGGGCUUAAUGUUGAGAAGCCCACAAGUGUGACUUGCUCCUGCUGGAACAAUGACCCUCUCACUGAUGCACAGAUCCAAUAUGCUACUAUUGAUGCUUAUGCUUCCAACCUCAUUGGGAAGAAGCUCUUGGGAUGA